UGUGACAGUAGAAAUUUUGCAUUUUUUGAUUGAAACGAAGACGAAGACGACGAACAAGUGGAGCAGAAGGAUUUCGGAAUUUAAAUCAUUUUGCACUUUAAAAAUAAAGUUAAGUGUUUAAUUAAUUAAUUGCGGAUUUUUGAAAGCAUAAUAUAAAGUGUUCAUUUGGUAAAAUUAUGCAAUGAUGGACUUCCACUUAUUGAUUGUAAUUGCCUGCAUCUUUCUCGCCUCUCUCUGCUCGCUUCUCUUCAUUAACAGUUUUUUCCGUCGCAAGACAUUCGAAGAUGUCGUUGCAGAAAAGAAGGCGUUCAGUGAUAAAAUCUACGCCCAGAGCAAAGUGACUGCAAAGAAACCGAAAAAACAACAAACAACAAAAAAGGAUCUGAAACGUGAGAAGAAAAAAUUACAGCGUGAACAACAGAAAGACAAUACCGAGCAGGAGGACUCCGACGCUCAAUCCGAACCAACAUCUGUGGAUGAUGAGCCACAGGGUUUGUCUAAAUCUCACGUUGAAUUCGAUCCAGAUCCAGAAGUGAUUGUUGGCGCCACUCCAGAAGCCGUGCGACGCGCCAGCAUCGUUGAACGUGAAAAAGAGAAUUUAACUGGUGGCAAUUCAAAACAGAAAUCGAAGAAAGAGAAGAAGAGCAAGACUUCUGGUAUUUUGGUGAACAAGAAUGAACCAAUUGUGGUGCGUGAGAAUUUAGUUAUUGAAGAAGCAGCAAAUACUUUCGAAACGAAACAGCCAAAGGAUACCGUUGAGUUGAAGAAACACGAUAAGAAGGAUAAUAGCAAAAAAGAAAAGAACGGUAAAAAAGACAAAAAUAUAGUAGUCGAAAAGCCAAUUACGCUAGCAACUGAACAACAACAACCGUCAGUAGCCGAGCCAGUUGUACAACCGCAAGUUGCAAAGGAGCUUAAACAGCAGGAUGAGAAAGUACGUCACGGUUCCCCAAAGGCACAUGCUGCUAGUAAUGCCAGCGGAAACAAUAAAACCAAACAACAAACUAAGAAACAGAACAAAGAGACUGCUGCCACCAAAGAGCUUGUACUUGCACUUGAUAAGCUUUCUGAUUCGGAUACUAUUGGCGUUUCGUUACUCAUGAAUCUCUUCCGUCGCGCUGAACUUAAUCGUUCGGAAAUCCAAAUACUUAUCGAUUAUCUAUUGAAUAAGCAACAGGAUACGCCUGCAACACAUUCGGAAUGGUCUGAUGAUAUAUGCCAGAAAUUAAAACGCCAACUGGAAGAGAAGGAGAAGGCUUUAGCCGAAGAACAAGAAGCUUCCAUAGGUAUUCAGGCAAAAUUGCGUGAUUUACGUACAGAAAUCAAUACAGAACGUGCCCAAUUGAACGCCACUGUAAAAAAUUAUGUUGAAACAAUUAAUUCCAAAGAACAACAGAUUGCUUUGCUCAAUCAGGAUAUUCAAACACUCAACGACAAGUUCGCACAAGAACGUAAGCAAUUCCAAGCUAAACUUUUACUUGAAAAACAAAACGGUUCCCAAGAUUUGUUCGCACAAUUGCAGCGCUUACAAUGCGAGUUGACUCUUAAGGAAAAGUGUAUUAACGAUCUUACAUGCUUGGUUAACGCAUGUAAUCAAUCGAAUGAAGAGUUAAAACAACAAAUAAGUCUGCUCGAACAGCAGCGUGAAGAGCUCGAACAAAUUUCAAAUAAUCGAAUUGUAGAACUUGAACAAUCGAAAACACUUGAAAUCGAAAAUUCCGAAAGAAAGUUGGAAUUACAUAACUUGCAAAAUGCACACGAAUCAAUCAAAGCCGAUUUGACGCAGGCGCGGCAAGAUCUUGAGGUGCGAAACACCGACUUGGUAGAUACGCAGAAUCAACUAGCAGCUUUACAGGCUAAAAAUGACGAAUUGCAACAACAAUUGGCUGGCAUAAAUAAUCAAGCAGCGGAACAAUCUGGUUUGCAAGCAACAUACGAAGUACUCAAGUUACAAUUGGCUGAGAAAGAGCAACAAUUGGCCGACUUUAAUGCUAAGAAUGAUGAGUUAGUAAAACAGUUGAGCGGGUUAGAAGCGCAAACACAAGUUCAUGCACAAGCUCAUAAUGGUUUGCAGCAGCUGAUUCAGUCACUACAGCAAGAUCUCGGUAGUAAGCACCAGCAAUUACAACAAUUCGAACAGACUGUGGACACACUGAACCUACGCGAAAAGGAGUUACUGCAACAACUCCAGGAACAAAGGGAAAAGAACGAUGAUUUGCGUAAGAAAAACUGGAAGUUGGUUGAAGCUUUACAAAGUUGUGAAACAACAGCUAGACAAAGUAAAGCGCCUACGAGCGCAAAUGCAAGCUUAGUUCAACAGCAGCAACUUUUCGCAGCUUCACAAAAACAAACUUCCGCCACAGCCAAUACCGCAACAGUUUCCGCUAAUGACGAGAAACAUGUGCGUGAAAUAUUCCAGCGUCUGUAUCCAGAGGCAGUUAAAGCUAGUGCUAGCACCGCACUUAGUGUAUCCUUUGAGCAGUGGGUGGAACAAGUUUUGGCCACACAAUUGAAAUUAGCAGCAGCCAAUAAAGCGACUGGCAGCAGUAGUAACAAAUCAACACAAUCCAAUAGCAACAGUAGUAGCAGUAAUCACACCUCUUCAAGUCACACAAAUAACAAUUCACAUAAUGAUAACUUAAUCAAUAGCAAUAAUCGUAUUAGUAGCAACAGUAGUGAUGGUGGAAGCAGUGGUACUGGCAACGAUGUGGAUGCAGUUGAACUGCGUCUGCAAAAUAUACAACUGCGCGCCAAAGUGGAUGAGUUAACAAAGCUUGUUAAAAAGACUAGCAACACACUGUCCGCUCUUGAGGGUCAUGCACGACAAGAGCACGAGAAAUGGCAAAGCAUUUUAUCAUCAAAGGAUGAAGAAAUCUCUAGAUUGCAGCACUCAAAUGGAGCGCAGGACAUUUAAUGUCGCAUCAUUGGAGUUUGCUUAGCGUUAAAUGAAAAUGCAAUUAAGAUGUAAUGCCUUCCAAAAUACAACAAAGCAUAAACAAUAUAUAUGAUACAACAAAAACAGCCAACUACUUACAUAGAAAAGCAGACAGCUAACUCGAGAAGUGGAGUAUAAUGGGUGGCAUAAUAAAAUAUGCCAAUCGCAAGCAUAUUUCUUACAUGAGCUUACAAAAGUAAAACUAUAAGGAGAUACUUGCAGAUUAUCAGCAAAGUAGAAUGUUCGCAAACAUUAAUUUGCACAAUAACUGGCAUUAAACGAUAGUUGAAGCGGUGAAAAAGUAGCUAAUAACAAACAGCAGCAACAUGAAGCAUUCUAAAAUUAUGUUACAGUACACAGUAGGAGAUACAAACUAAAAGAUAUUAAAAAAACAUAAAGUUAAAUUUAAAAAUCAAACCAAUUAUGCAUGAAUAAAUGUAAAACAAAAAAUAGCAAAGAAAUAUAGAUUUUAGUAUAAGCCUAAAAUUGUGCAAUGUUUGAUGAUUGAUAAGCAAAGUAAAAGCAACAAAAGUAAAAUAUAUAAAGAUUAAAUGCAAAUUAAAACAGCAAAUUACACUGGAUUGCGAACAUAAAAUGGGUAAAGCUAGUAAUUAUGAAAUGCAAGCAUUAUAUAACCAAUAACAAGCUAGCAAUACCGAUUUGUUGAUUCAAAAUGGUGGGAUUUAUGUAGGAUAGCAAAAGAAAAGUAUAUGUAAUGCGCUGUAUAGCUGAAUAGCAUUAUGCUGUUUGUGUUCCACGAAACGUCUUUGCAUUUAUACAUACAAAUACAUUAAAAUACACACACACAUACAUAUAACCAAUUAAUGUUAUUUUAUACGCCACAAAUGAUCGUGAAUAAAGAUAUAAUGAACUGUA